UCGUGUGCCCCGGAUAUGACGUCGCGGCGCUGGCGAACAGUGCACGAGAGCUCGAGGUCACGCGUGUGAGCUCAGUUGCCGUUGAUCAGCAGUGCUACCUCGUCAGAUCGAUCAGUGUGAUUGAGUGAUCGAUCAUCAUGGUGUUCCUGACGCUCUCCUGCUGGAUCCGGAGCCGCGGACCCGACCGGUACUGGAAGGUGCAGGAGCUGCUGAAGAACGCGCGGCACUUCCGCGGCAGGAAGAACCGCUGCUACAGUCUAGCGGUGCGAGCCGUCCGCCGAGCCUUCGUCUACGCUAGCAAAGGCCGGAAAGCCAAGCGCCGCAACAUGAGACAGCUGUGGAUUUCGCGCAUCGCUGGUGCCACCAGAGAACACCAGCUAAAGUACCCGGCACUCAUACACAACCUGCUGAAGUGUAGUGUUCAGCUGAACAGGCGUGUGUUGUGUGACCUGUCAAUCACAGAGCCGCGCUCCUUCCAGGCGCUAGCAGAACUGGCGCGUGCGCGGCAGCAGGAGGGCUUCAGAGCCGCGCUGGGGGACGCUAGCGAGCCGCCGGGAGUCUUCUCGCGCAUCACACAGCUGCACUGAACCUGUGUGUGUGUGUGUGUGUGUGUGUGUGUCCUGGAACAGUGAUGAUUAUGAUCUAAAUCUGUCGAUUAAUAAAACCUGUUUCUGUAUAUAGACUCAAAAACAGCAUUAUCUAUAGAAGAUGAGUUAUGAAGUGAUGAGGGAUGUCCAUUCAUGAUCAGAUUCACUUUAUGGACCGUUGACCAUCAUGACCAUCACCUCGUGUGUGUGUGUGUGUGUGUGCGCCUCUCACUGUAGUGCGAAAUAUUGCUUAUUCUUCUUAUUAUUACUGGUUUAUUGCUCUUAUUGUGAACUUUAUCUCCUUCUACCCGUCUUUCUGGAGAGCAAUCUAAAGAAAAGAUUUUAAAUCUAGUUUAUAGAAACAGAUUAAUUUGUUAUUUUUUUAUUUCUCUAUUUUUAUUCUAUGCCAUGAGAAGAAGAGGUUCGCUCCAGGGUUCCCACGGGUCAUGGGAUAUUCAAAGUUUUAUUCCAGACAUUGAAAGUCAGGGAAUUUUAGACAUUUUUUGUCCAAGUCGAAGUAUCAGGGAAUUUAGUUUGUUGCUUUAAAUUUCAGUUUCCAUUUAUCAAAGUGUUAUUUUUCUAUACCGAUUUUU